AUGGCGGCAGCAGGCGGUGCGGCCAGUAUCAUCACACAGGUUCAGCAAACAGGCCCGCCAAUCAACACUCUGGGAGGGGAAGCAGCAGCUGAUGAACACAUCACGUUGAGCUUGAGAGGAACGCAUUUCACGCUCUCCCGUGAUGAACUGUUGACCCUUCCCGAAUUCGUGUUGCUAUCAUUAUUCCCCAACGGUCUCCUCCCCGAUGGCCAUAUGAACUCGUUUCAUGAAGGCGAUGUCUAUCCCGUUGACUAUGACCCAGCCUCCCUUCAGUAUAUGUUAAACUUUUUCCGAGAUGUGGCUCAAUCAAUACCCUCCACAUCUCCCUCCCCGACCACCCCACCAGAGCAUGAUCCCAUAUCGAUCGAGCCAUUACAAGGUUCGACCAAAGAUAUGCUCCAAGAUCGGGCGGGGAUAAUUGUCUUGAGAGAAGAUCUUGACUUCUACGUCAUUCCUCCUCGAGCAGACAUUGAGCAGCCGGAAAUGACAGAAAUCAAACGUGCUGCGGGGAAAUCCUUACUCAAGCAGGACGGAAUUUUCUCAGGUCUCAAGCGGAGUGAAGAAGCAGGGACUACGGAGCAGCAUUUGAUUGAAAUGCUUACCGCAGGCGGUUUUAAUCACGAUGAUGCCUGGGGCCAUCGAGCAGGAGAGCCAAACAAAGCCGUCAUUUGCAGCUUGGCUCUUGCAAGACUGCGGACUGACAUCAAAGGAGAUCUGGCAGGGAGCAACGUUGUGGGCAUGGCUCAAAAACUACUCCUCUUCUGGCGAAAACCUGCCCGGCGAUGCUGGUGGGAGGGCGUUGAGCUGAUGGAUGUGGAUGGAGUGGAGGGUAAACUCAAAGUAUGGAUUCGAAGAGUGUGGACCCUCGAGAUGAGUGUUAUCGGUCUCCGGUGA